AUGGAGGCAGUUAAGCCCCAGAAGAUUUGGAUAGAGGAAAUAGGAUAUGAGGUAUAUGCACAUAUUCUUGAUGCAUAUGCAAAAAUGCUAAUUGAUGUAGAAAUUGAUGAGGUAAAGAAACCCUGUGGAACGGCACAACUGAAGACUCUUGAGAAAGAAAAUCCUAAAAGGACCUAUGUUGCAGUAUCUCUGGUGGCUUCAGAAACCGAUUAUGAAGAAGAAUCCAGAAAGGAAAAGAAGAAGGGUGAAUUUGUCAGAGUAGUGAGGAAGCCGCAAUCCAGUGGAGCCCAACAAAGCAAGAAGGUAAAAUCUGAUCCUGCUCCUACCGGAAGAUCCAAAAGAGGUAGACAGGUCAAAAGUCAACUUGAAAAAGACCUUGAGUCUAGUGAAAUACAAGGUAAGUACAUAAUUAUUCCUCCAAUGUCAACAAAUCAACUAAUUGAUGAAAUAAUUGUAGAUGAAAACUUAAAGAAUAUUGGAGCUUGUUAUGAGAAUUCAGAUGAGGGUGAUCAAAGAAAGAUUGAAGAAGCAGUUCUAUUAUAUUUACACAACUUUAGAAAAAUAUUAAUUGAAUUGGAGAAGACCAUUCCAAAAUAUUUGUACAACCUUAUAAAUGCAAGAAGAAUGACUGCAAUUAAGAUUCACAGGGAGAUGAAGGAGAGAGAACUAGUAAAUCCGGAAGAGAAGCAAGGUGUUUCUAGAAGUCAAAAGAAUGAAACUCAGACUAAGGAUCAUACAGAAGACCAAGGUAACACUACUCUAGAUGCUGAGAUAGGUGAUUCUUUUCCAGUGGUGGACAACCCUGCAACCCCUAAGAUCCAACAGGUUGAUACUGCACCAAGUGGCAACACUGGUGCAAAAGAUAAAGGAGAUGAGUUAGAAAAGAAGGAUGUUGAGAAUGCAAAGGCCAAGGUUUCUGAGGUUGAUAAAGGUAAAGGUAAAGAAUAUGAGGGAAAGGAUAAGACUAAUAACCCUCUAGUUGAUGCAGCUAACCCUCUGAUCCUUGAAAAUGAAUCAGACACAAAGAAGGAUGCAAAAGUGGAACAAGUGGAAGUCAAGGUUGAGAUUGAAGCUAAGGCAAGAGAUAUUGAUAAGUCAAUGAAGGGAAAACAGAUCCAUAUAGAGGAUCCAGAAUUCACUCAAGGCCCCAUCAACCUAGCUUCUUUGCCCCCUAUCUAG